UCCUGCACGAACUGGUGAAAGAACCAACGUAUGAAUGAUCCUCCUGCCAGGAUGGGGACCCCGGAAYCCCAGGGGUUUGUGCCUUUUACGGACUGCCCCCGCACCCAGCGGGACCCCGGGUCCUCUCUGUGCAAGGUGGGGCGCCAGACUCCCCUGGCUCCUGGCGCCCGGGRUCCCGCACCGGCGGUGGCCAGCGGAAGCCUGGGCGGCUCCCAGGACUCCAGGUCUGCAGGUCCAGCCCUCCGACCGCCAGCCAGAGAGAAUUUGGAUUGUGAGUCCUGGGUGCGAGAGAAAGUGCUCUUUCUUCUGCACCCAGAAAGGUGGUUGGGGACUCAAGCGAACCCUGCAGGCGGAGAGGAGGUGGCUGGUGAGGAGGAUCUUCCCCAGGCGAGCGGAGAGGAUCACGACCAGGAACCCGACUGCUCUUCUCUCUUUCAAGGACAAAAGAGAAUUUCUGGCAGGCGAAUUAUCGCUCCUUCUGGAGCCCAGCCGCGAGACCCUGCAGCGCCACCCAAAUCUGUGCUUGUGCGGGUCGUGGAUUAUCAGGCGACGCAAGAAGUGCUGCGGACUGCAUGGACGAAGGGUCGCAUGACCACGAGGACCGAGGAGCACUGCAUGACCGCGGUCACUUUUCGCACCAACAGAGAGUGAGACUUCGGGACCCCUGUCGAACCCCAGGYCCUCCUGAACCCCUGAGGCACCCGGCGUCCACGCAGGGGAUAGAGGAUGUUUUCACCGCCAGCGAGGACCUGAUUCCAGAGGAGAUUACACUGCGCYGAGGAGCCUGAGGAAUGUUCUGGUCUGGUGGAUGAGCGAUAAUCCUUGAACGAAAAUGCUGUUCCGGGGGCUCAACUUGCAAUUAACCGAUGGAAAGAAACUUGUAAGAGGCUGGAGGGAGCUGCGCUGCAUGGAGGCAGUGGGCGCCCAAACUAGCUUGAAGAUCUGUAAACCGCAGGACCUCUGUGGCUGAAGUACCGUGAGGUUGUAGGGACCUAAGUCAUUGAGAUCGAUAGAAGAUUUCCUGAUCCUGGCAGAAGGCUAUUGUCAUGUGUGCAGGGAACCUGAGGAAACUUCCCAUUCACAAGUGUCCUGAGAGUGCAUCCAAAGUGAAACUUAUCCUCAAUGCUAAGAAAUCUAUCAGAAUGGCUAGGUCUUGGCUCCUUGAUCUUACCUCCACCUCAAAGAAAAAUCUCCUCACUUAAAAUUGUAUUAGGUGGAU